AUGGCUGCUGCAGCGGCGACCACGGAGGCCGCAGCGGACGUGAAGGAGAACCCGCUUCUGUCGCUGAAUCUCGCGUCGAUUCCGCUGUUCGACAAGAUCGAGCCCAAGCACGUGGUGCCGGGCAUGCGCGCCAUUCUCAAGGAAGUGGAGGAGCAGCUGGACAAUCUCGAGAAGAACGUGCAGCCCACGUGGGCAGGCCUCGUGGAGCCCGUGGAGCGAAUCGGCGACCGGCUGAGCAUCCCGUGGGGCGCGGUGAACCACCUGAACGCCGUGAAGAACUCGGACGAGCUGCGCGCGGCGUUCGAGGAGGUGCAGCCCGACGUCGUCAAGCUCUCGCUGCGCCUGGGGCAGAGCCGCCCGCUCUACGACGCGUUUGUGGCUAUUAGGGGGAACCAGCAGCUGUGGGACAGCCUCAGCGUGGCCCAGAAACGCGUUGUCGAGUCCGAGCUCAUAUCCGCCAAGACCAGCGGAGUGGCACUGGAGGGCGAGGCCAAGACUCGCUUCAACGAGAUACAGCAGGAGCUGGCGCAGCUGAGAACCAAGUUCCAGAACAACGUGCUCGAUGCCACCAAACGCUUCGUGCGCAUUGUCACUGAUCCUGCUGACGUGGCGGGCCUGCCGCCCUCCGCGCUGGGCUUGGCCGCUCAGGCUGCCGUUGGCAAGGGUCGCGAGGGAGCCACGGCAGAGAAUGGGCCGUGGGCCUUCACUCUCGACAUGCCCUCCUACCUGCCUCUCAUGCAGCACUGCCGCAACCGGGGCUUGAGGGAAGAAGUGUAUCGCGCCUUUAUAACCCGCGCUUCAGAGGGCGACAUCGAUAACACCCCUGUGAUCACGCGCAUUCUGCAGCUGAAGCAGGAGAAGGCCAAGCUGCUGGGCUUUAAGUCCCACGCCGAGGUGCCGAUGCAGUGGCGCAUGGCGACCAUAGAGAGCGCGCACAAGCUGGUGGAGGACCUCCGGGACGCGGCCUUUGACAUCUCCGUCAAAGAGCACGAGGAGCUGAAGGCGUUCGCCAAGGAGCAGGGCGCGGAGGAAGCAGACGACCUGAGGCAGUGGGACGUGACGUUCUGGGGGGAGCGGCUGAGGGAGGCGCGGUACGAGCUGACACAGGAGGAGCUGCGGCCGUACUUCUCCUUCCCUGUUGUCAUCGACGGGCUCUUCAAGCUCGCCUCGCGCCUCUUUGAUGUCUCCUUCCAGCCCGCUGAUGGGGAGGCACCGACGUGGAAUCCUGACGUGCGGUACUACAAGGUGACAGACUCUUCCGGCAACACUGUCGCCUCGUUCCUGCUGGACCCCUACUCGCGCCCGGCGGAGAAGCGCGGCGGCGCGUGGAUGGACGGCAUCUGCAACCGCAGUGGCCUCUUUGCCGCCCCUGGCGCUGCCGCCCGCCUGCCUGUCACGCACAUUGUGUGCAACCAGACGCCCCCGCUUGGGGAUAAGCCCAGCCUCAUGACCUUCAAUGAGGUGGAGACGUUGUUCCACGAGUUCGGGCACGCGCUGCAGCACAUGUUGACUCGGCAGCAGGAGGGGCUGGUGGCGGGGAUCAGCAACGUGGAGUGGGAUGCCGUGGAGCUGCCCUCCCAGUUCAUGGAGAACUGGUGCUACCACAGAGCCACGCUGCUGGGCAUAGCGAGGCACUAUGAGACGGGUGAGGUGCUGCCAGAGGAGCUGUACAACAAGAUUGUGGCGGCCAAGAACUUCCGCUCCGCUACCAUGACCAUGCGCCAGCUGCACUUUGCAGCGGUGGAUCUGGAGCUGCACUGCUCGUUCGACCCCGAGGGCAAGGAGUCCAUCUACGAUGUCAACAGCCGCGUGGCCGAGCGCAUGCUCGUGCUGCCGCCGCUGCCCUCUGACCGCUUCCUCUGCUCCUUCCUCCACAUCUUCGCCGGUGGCUACGACGUCGGCUACUACAGCUACAAGUGGGCGGAGGUGUUGUCAGCGGAUGCCUUUGCAGCGUUUGAGGAGGCGGGGCUGGAUGACGAUGAGGCGGUGAAGGCAACAGGGCACAAGUUCAGAGACACAGUGCUGGCUCUUGGGGGAGGCGCUGCUGCCAAGGAUGUCCGGUCCGGAUCCCCAACAACCCCUCCAGCUUUCAUGAUCAUCUUUCACUUCAUCUCGGCCUGGCCGAGCCAAAUCCAGUGCGGCGUGGUGCAUAGUAAGGAUGGACGAACAAUUCUCUCCUCGUCAUGCCUCCCGCCCAUCGCCCUACCUCUCCCCUCCGUCUCCCAGCUGCUCAAGAGCUUUCUCCUGUGGCUCAAGAACGACGUGGGCGUGUGGGGUCCCGUCAUCAUGUACGUGCCGCUACUCCCUACUUCUCCUCCUGACGAUGUCGUCCUGGGCGGGGGGUACGUGUUCGGGCUGCUCGUGGGCUUCGUGGCGGACUCGCUCGGCUCCACGGCCGGCGCCACCGCCGCCUUCCUCGUUGGCAAAACCAUCGGGCGCUCAUACGUGUCGGCGAAGCUCAAGGAGUACCCGCAGUUCCAACCAGUCGCGCACGCCAUCUCCAAAUCCGGUUUCAAGAUCGUGCUGCUGCUGCGGCUGGUGCCCAUCCUGCCAUUCAACGUGAUGAACUAUGUGCUCUCCGUCACCCCCAUCAGCCUCUCCUCCUACGUCCUCGCCUCCUGGAUCGGCAUGAUGCCCAUCACCUUCACCUUCGUGGGUGUGCGUGUGCACGGCCAUGUGGUGCGCUGCUGUUCUGAGACGCACCUGUACUAUCCCACCAUCUACCCCCAAGUCUUGCUGCAUGUGGCAUCUAGCCCCAUUUUCCCUUACCUGUGCCUGCAACUCACUCUCCCCUGUAUGCCCCCCUUCCCUGCCUCCCCCCUUCCCUGCCUCCCCCCUUCCCUGCCUCUCCCCCCUUCCCUACCUCCCUUUUUCUCUCUCCUUUUGUCCCUCUGUGAUGGUGCAUCUGCAGUGGAUGCUUGGGGCCGGCCUUGCUGUCACAAGUGA